AUGUUUGUAUUGGCGGAGUUAAAAGACAACGUGAGGAUAGCGCCGGAAUUGUUUGGUUUAAAGCUUCCAGAGGCCAUAAAGGAUGAAAUAAACCGAAAGUUGGCAAAUAAGGUUCUAUUGAACGUGGGUCUUUGUAUCGCACUAAAAGACAUUAUAAAGUUGGGCGAUUCCAUCAUACUUCCCGGCGAUGGUGCCUCGCACACGGAGGUAAACUUCCGGUAUAUCGUUUUCCGACCGAUCAUUGGCGAUGUGAUAACGGGCAAGAUAAGAAGCUGCAGUCGGGAAGGUGUACACAUAACGCUCGGCUUUUUCGACGAUAUACUCAUACCGCCGUCCGCUCUGCAGCAUCCCUCUCGCUACGAGGAAGCGGAACAGGCGUGGGUAUGGGAAUAUCCACUCGAGGAUGGUAACACACACGACCUGUACAUGGACAUCGGGGAAAGCAUAAAGUUUCGCGUAUCGGGAGAAGUGUUUGAAGAAAGUUCACCUAUUGGCCCCCCGGACCAGGAAGUGCCGUCGAGUGGGGCCGGUACGAGUGCGGGUGGUGCAGGACCGAGCAGCGUAACGGAAGGUAACAAGACACCGUACCGCAUCGUGGCGGCCAUUAACGAAUCCGGGCUCGGUUUGCUGUCUUGGUGGGUUCAACAAAAUCAGGAAGAGGACGAGGAAGGUGAAGACGAAGAGCAGGAGGAGGAGGAACAGGAUUCUGGUGGGGAGAAUGAAUAA